AUAAGGUUCAAGUGAACUGCAUGUCUCAUAUAAAUUUUAUAGGCUCUGUAACCGUAGUUUGUUAGGAAGUGAUAUAUUGAUAUAGGAAAGAAACUUACAUUUCGCAGAAUUAAUUUACCUACAAAACAUAGUAUAUAAACCAUCCAAAUUCUUAUAAUUGACUGCGUGCAAGUACCUUGGUGCGUUUAUAUGAUUGUGUACAUAUAUCUCAUGUACACAAAGAUUUCACCGAAAUAUGAAACAUAAAAUCAGUAAAUAUAAACAAAACCACAAAAUAACUACAAAAAAUCAGCAUCUCAAACCAUAUCAAAUUUAUAUGCACAAUCGGAGAAUAAGCUCAAAGCGAUCAUCGUGGCUUAUUCUUUGAAAAAGCAACAUGUCACAUUUACCAAACCCGCUAUUUGGUUUCGCAAUUUGUCUACUUGUGUUCUGGUGUGGAACUUGGUGUGUUCAUCUUUUGGCCAUUUGCUACGGAAAAUUUAAACUUCACAAGAAAUCGUGCAAUUAUCCAAAUGAAACCCCGCUGCCUGCAGUAUCUAUUCUAAAACCACUCAUGGGAACUGACCCAAAUUUGGAGCAUAAUCUUGAGUCAUUUUUUAUAAUGGAUUACCCAAUGUAUGAGUUGUUAUUUUGUAUAGAAGAUAGCGUUGACCCAGCUAUUAAUAUUGUACAAAGUUUAAUGACGAAAUAUCCUCAAGUGGACGCCUCAUUGUACAUGGGUGGUUCGAAGGUUGGUAUUAAUCCAAAAAUUAAUAAUAUGCAGCCUGGUUAUGCAGCUGCUAAAUAUGAGCUGAUUAUGAUAUCGGAUAGCGGCAUUAAAAUGAAGAAUGAUACUCUCCUUGAUAUGGUAAAUAAUAUGACAGACAAGUAUGCGCUUGUACAUCAAAUGCCGUUUACAUGCGACCGCGAAGGCUUUGCUGCUACUUUUGAAAAGGUAAACCACAUUUUAAUCUAGUUACAUCUUAUA